CCUCAGAACAUGCUCGGUCUUACACUCCUCUUUCCCGGGCUGGCUGCAAGGAGAGGCAAAGUGUCACUUGACCUCCUAGCUCCCUUGCCCUUUUAUAUUCUCCUGUGGGGUCCUCACAGUGAUCCCUGCUCUAUUGUUGCUUCCGGUGGGCUGGUGAGGAUGGGGCCGUAUCUGAGAACUGGUGCCUGAAAUCCUUACCCAAUACCAAAAAGUUUCUUUGUGUAACACUCUGUCAGCCUAACUGCCAAAGAUAGUCACCUCUGAGAAGCUCUUACGCCCUCCCUCUCGCCGCUCUCACCCCUGGGAGUCCAUCUCACACGGGCUCCUGAGGGGGCUCCUUCUUCCCAUCCCGUCUGUUGCUCAUCUGCCUCCUGGCCCGCAGGAUUGCAGAUCCUUCCUCCGCAAUGGCUGCCAGGUUAGUCUUCCUGAAACAACCUGACCAUGUCACCUUCCUACUUAAAAACUUUUCUUCAGGAAUUGAGUGCAAAUUCCUUAGCUUGUCAUUCAUCCAAAUAGUAUUCCUAUGUGCCUAUGCCCUUCUUAUAGGCACAGCGAACAGCAGCGAAGCAAACGUACAAGCAGCCCUGCCCGCGUGGAGCUUACCCUCUAGGGGCCCCGCAGAGGCUGGGCCCAGCAUCCCAGCACAGCCUCGCCUCUCCAGCGCACUUCCCGCCCCACUCCAGGCCCACGCGCCGGGGCCGCUGUCUCCACCAUGAAGCCUUCCCAGCCUCACUCAGGUAGAGAAGACGUCCCCUCCCCCGGGACUCCUCCAUUCCCCGCCGCCCCUACUACAAGACCUGGGCUCCCCUGGAAACUGAGGCCCUUCUCCCUGACUACAGACCCGCAACCCCUCCCCUGCUCUGGGGAUUGUGAGCUAAGAGCCAGGGUGGGAGCAAGAGGCUCUCCUCUUCAGGGCUGGUCCCCUGCACUGCACAGGAAACGGGGCAGGAGGGCGGACCCCCAUCUCAUGUAGGAAUGCCUUGUCCCCAGGGUGAGCCCCCAGGUAAGGGUACCAGUUUCUUCCUGAGCCAUGACCAGAGCCAUUCCCAGAUAAAUGAGGUUUCCUGGAAGGAUGUUACCAAUGCCUUAUCUCUGGCCAACAUGGUCCUGGGGCUCUUCUCCAUCAUCUUCAGCUUCAGCAGGAAACGCCACUAUGCCUCCUGGAUGCUCCUGGUCAGCUUCCUGUUGGACAUGGCAGUCAGGGCAAUGACCAGCCACAUCAACAUCUGCUCCAAAUGGGGAGCUGAGCUGAAUGACUUUGCCGUCUUCACCACCUUCGGCCUGGCCUCUGCUCUGCUCCUAGGCAUGGAUGGACUUCUGAGUGGGAUCCUGGCCAUCAUCUAUGUGUCAGCUGCUUCUUUCCACUUGUGCUUUUAUUCACCUGGAGUCCCCUCCACAUACAAGGGUCUACCCUGCCCCUAUGCUUCCUGCAUCUUGGCUUCCACCUCUCUUCUGACCAAAGGCAACAGGUUCAUCCUCUGCUGCAUGGCCUCACUCAUGAUUCUCUUCAUGAUGGACCAGAGCUACUAUCCAUAUGACAAAAUCCUGGAGUCUGAGAACUGGAAAAAAUUGGUUUAUAUGGGAGGUGUCAUCAUGCUGUUUUUCUCCCCACUGUCUCUGUCUGCUUUUUACUGCCUGAUGUGGUCGCUCUCAUACAUCUUCUUUCCAGAUGCUCUGUGGGGCAAGGCAGCCUGUGUUUCGCCACAGCGCUGAGGAAGCUAAGCAGCUCUACCAGCUCCUGCCGGCCUCUGUGGGGUUUGUGUCAGCAUAUCGGGUCAAGCCUUGUGUAGCUGCACUAAAGCUUUGCGUAUACCUGUGUUGUCCUAUACUAGAUAUAUGGUAUGUCUCUUGCCGUGAAGUGAGAAACCCAAAGUAAGGUCAGUGACCUUCCCUUCUUUCUGUUUAUUCAGGGUUCUGACUCCCUUGGGGACAAUACUUGUUUAUGUCAUGUAGAACAGAAUAUCCCCCCGCCUCAAGCUCAAUGUGGGCUGGGUUUGAGUUCCAGCUCCGCUACCAAUGGGGUGACUGUUUUACUAAGGUCUACCCCUUGGAAAGGAGUGACAGCCUUCAGAACUGGUAUUGGCCUUGGCCUCAGCCCUGCCUGGUGGGACUUCCUGAAGCAUUUCUUACUCUUGCAGACUCUGGCUCUGAGAGUAGAGCUAAUCACAGGACUCUCUUGUUGCCCAGUUUGAAUGUGUGUAGGAUUUUGUAACUUAAACAUUCUGUAUUUUAAUAGUUCAAAGCUGCUGCCUUUUGCUUUGUUUAGCAAUUAGAUACAUUGGGCAUCAUCUGGCUUGCAGGAUCUCGUGUGGAUUUUCUUUCCUACGCUAGAAACUACUAAAUUCUAGCAAUUCAGAUGCCACUUCAUAUUCUAAAAUCCAAAUCAAAUAGAAAUAAACAGUACUGUAUGGCAAAGUUGUACCUCACCGAGAACUUAGGUCCACUGAACCCCCAGUGUAGACAGACAUUCCACCUCCCAGAGGGUGGAAAAAAGGAUUGAUGGCUGGUUCUGCUCCACCCUCAGAGACUGUGCUGGAACACCUUCUACUCUGGAUAUAACUUUUUUAAGUUUCCAGAACAAUGCAUGUGGUAAAUAUACAUCUAUUCUCAAAUUAGAUGUUUAAAAAUAAAAACCCAAAGUAAGAUUUGGCUGUAACAGAAUAGAUAGUGCCUUCCUGUUAAAUCAUUCAUAUGUUCCUAGUUAGAUGGAUUUGCCUGUGCUCCAUGACUUUAUGUCUCCUUCAGUUUAGGUUUUGUAUUUUUGCUAUCUGCCAUAGUGCCUGACACUCAGAAAUGUUCACUUUGUAUAUGAAUUGAUUUAGUUGUGGAUUCUAGUAAGUUACAUGCAAGGUUACUAUAAUGUGGUAAGAAUUUUACAAAUAUACACGGGCUUAGACAUCUCAAUACAAUGUCCUUCAAUGCUGUACAUUCAUUUCAAUCUGAUGCUCCCCUUAAUCAAAGCAUUUUAGGAACUCCAGUUUGAAAAUGGUCUUCACAUAAAUUCUUAAGGACCAAGCAGCUGUAACAAUGCCUGAAUAAACAGGUGCUCAACAACACCAAAAAGCGAAAAACAUGUUUUAUUCUGAACUGACUAAAUUCUUUCCAAAAACCUAACAUUUGAGAUUAGCCAAUUAUGUUCUAUUCUUAAAUCAAAUUAGGUAUCAUAUUUGAAUUCAAACGACUUGUGGCUGCUUCUAAAAUUUGAAACUAUGUUGAAAGGAAGAAGAUGCAAUUCUGAAAGAGAAUUUCCAUGUCCAUUUUAAGUGAAGCAGCAGAGUUAAAUACACAGACCCCCAGGAGGACAGCUUUGAAAAGUAAAAUACCCAUUUGGAUGUGUAAAUUAUGGCUUGAUUGUAACAGCAAUAAUUCAUACUUAAUUACCUCCAGUUUUUGUGUAGGUUAAUGACACUAGGAUAGUUAUAGGUCAGCUGACAGCUGGUUAACAGAGGGAUCUAUGCUUCCUUGCACCUCUCUGAGAGUAUGGUUAUACUUCCAUAUGGGCUUCAGGGUGUCAGAUACUAAGGCUACUCAUUCAAUGCCUUCACUUCCUCAGACAGUGGUUUUCUAAAACAGAAUGUCUCUUCUUGGGCUUCCUCUUAGGAACAAGGGAGAAGGCCGAGACUUUAAAAUCCACACUUCUCAAAUGAAUACAUGAAGCCAGCAGGGUUUAGGCAGUUCUCUUUGUCCUAAACUUGAGAGUGUAGAUCUCCCUCCUGGUCAGCUUCUAGUCCCUUCUUCCUAACCUGAAGUCCUACUCCUGUGUCUGAUAAGCAGAAUCAAGUGACUGAGAAUUCUGCUACUCUUUUAGCCCUGUGACCUUGAAUAAAACGUUUAAUCUCUCUAAGCCUAUUUUCUUAUCUGUAAAAUGGAGGAUUUACUUCCUUUCAGGGUUCUUUUGUGGAUUGAACAACCGUAUGUUUUAUGUGGAUGAACGUAAAACACCUAGAAUAAUGAAUGACAUAUAAAAUAUGUUAAAUAAAUGUUAGAUGGCUUUCUG